ACAACAACAAAAAUAAACAAAGACGGCAUUAAUAAUAUAAAAACAACCUUGAUUAUUCAAAAAAUAAAAUGUUAGAUAAUGUUUAAAAAAGUGGUUUUGGGGGUAUCUGGGGGCGUUGACAGUGCCGUCGCUGCUCUGCUAUUAAAAAAGAAAGGGUUUGAUGUCCAUGGUGUUUUUAUGAAAAACUGGGAUGUUAUCGACGAAACAGGUAUUUGUAAGGCUGACGAAGACUACAAAGAUGCUAGUUACUUAUGCGAACAAUUAAAUAUACCCUUGCACCCAGUUAAUUUCGUUAAAGAAUACUGGAAUGAAGUUUUUUGUAACUUGAUCAAGGAAUACGAGAACGGGUGUACCCCAAAUCCAGACAUACUCUGCAAUAGGAAUGUAAAAUUUAAUUAUUUUUAUAAAUAUGCCACCGAGCAUCUUAAGGCUGAUGCCAUAGCUACUGGGCACUAUGCCAGAACAAAUUUUGGGCCCUAUUUAGAGAACUACCAUCCUGAUAAUUUGGUAACAUUAUUGAGGGCAAAUGAUACUAGAAAAGAUCAGACAUUUUUCCUAUGCCAAAUUAGUCAGAAAGCUUUAAGAAAGACCAUGUUUCCUUUAGGUAAUUUAAUGAAAUGGGAAGUAAAACAUAUGGCAGUUGAAAAUAAUCUAGAAAAAUUUGCUGUAAAACCAGAAAGCAUGGGUAUAUGUUUUAUAGGACCACGCAACUUUCAACACUUUAUUAAAGAGUAUAUAAUGGAUAAACCUGGUGAUUUUAUUGAUAUAGACACUGGAAAAAUCAUCGGACAUCAUAAAGGAUUACAUCAGUGGACUUUAGGGCAAAGAUCACGCCUUGGUGGAUUUGCCAAGUCCUAUUUUGUAGCCAAAAAAUCUACAGAAAAUAAUAAUAUUUAUGUAGCAUCAGGCACAGCACAUCCUGCAUUCCAUUCAACAACCGUAGUCACUUCUGAGCCGCACUGGAUCUCUUCUGAACCUCCCGAGCUCGUAAAGGAUCAUAUUUUACACUGCGAUUUUAAAUUUCAACAUACCGAACAAUUAGCUUCAUGUAAAGUCUGUAAAACUCAUAAAGGGUUGGUAGUGACAUUGGAAAAACAUAAAAGAGCCUUAACUGCUGGACAAUAUGCGGUUUUCUACAGGAACAAUGAAUGUUUAGGGAGCGCUCGUAUUCUUAAUAGUGGGGCCUCAAAUUUUUCAUUGUUUUAUAUAAAUAACAAUAAAUUAGGUGAUGUUAUAGAUAAAGAGAAAAAUGAAAAAGAAAAUUCAGAAUACUAUAACGACUGUAAUUUAUACAUGAAUAGAAAUAAAGUUUGUUAAAAUUAAUA